AUGCUAGAGAAAGACGCAAGUAAAUAGGAUAGAAGCAGCCGUAUCAUAUCAUAAAUUUAACAUCCCCUCAAUCCCAAUGCCGCGCAUGUAUCGGUUAUGUCCCAGGUUUCUUGGCUUCCUCUGAAAAUUUAGGUACUUCAUCAGUUUCUUUCUUCCCGGCAACGACGAGGACAAAGGAAACGAUUCUCUGGCGCUGGAAGCAUAAGAUCUGCAGAACUUCGUCCCCCUAAUUUCCCAUUCUACCCCUUCCCUCCCCCACCACCUUCUCCUCCUUCCUCCAAAGCUCACAUCAAUAAAUGACGUUUUUUUUGAAUCCUUAGACGUGUCCCUAACGUGUCGAAUCUUUACGUCCUUCGUCACGCCUUCCAAGCCAAGCAAGUCCUUCCCUUUCCCUUCCUGCCUCCCCCAACCAUUUUAUUUCCUUCCAUUUAAUACAAUUUAGAAAAAAAAAAAAUUCUUUACUGUUUUUUUUUUGCCUUUGUAUCUGAUUCUUUUCAUAUCUCCGGCUCUGACUUAUUUUUGAAGUUAGUUUCGAUGUGCGUUUCGCUUCAUCUUCUCCCUUUUCUCCGCCGUCGAUUUCCUUUUCUUCUUUUUCUCUUUCUAUUUCGUUACGUUUUUUUUUUCCUCUGUUUUUUUUAUGAAGUUGAAGAAUGAUUGUUUCCUUCCUUUUCUCUCCCUUUUGUCUCUUCCAUUUUCAUGGAAUUCCUUUCAUCAAGUGACUUGCUGUAAUUUGAAAUUAAAACAGAGCUUAGAAAAUAAUUUCGAUGGGGAAACACGAUGAUGGACGCUCUGUUUUUCCUUUAACAAGUCUCCAGAUCGGAGAUUUGCAGUCUUAUCUUUCUGAUCUUAGCCUUUUCCUGGCCCUUGAAAGUAAAAAAUUCUACAUUUUGGUGGACAACCGGCCAUGGCUCUGGGAUUUGGGUUCACGGUCUGCUCUCUUGUGGCAAUUGAUGAUUACCAAGUCCAGGUUAUCUCCUUUUGCUAAUACCAAAGGUCGUAGGGAUAAAAAGGAGGGAAAGGAAGCUUCUUCCAAAUCAAAUGCUAAAGAUUCCAAGAAGUUUGAGAGAUGGUUCUCUUUGAUUGAUGCUGCAACCUUGUCCAAAAAAAGGGUUUUGCUACCUGUUAAGAAAUUGAGAACCUCUUUGCUUCUUAGCAGCGAGUUGCAUAGGACAUUGUAUGGGUUUAUUGUAUUUGAAGUCACAUGGUCCAAUGUUCGAGGUCUUAACUACUUGAAUGAGCUUCAGACCGAUACCUUUCUAGCCAUAGAGGCUAAAUUCAUGCGAAGAUGGGAGUUUGACAGCAUUGAUCAAGCAGUAAGCUGUAUAUCUUUAUGGUUCUCCGGAACUUUCUCAGAGCAGCUUCGUUUGAAAGAGUACCUGGAUUCAACAAUCGGUGAGGUCUUCUAUGAUGCUGAAGAAGAUUUUCCAAGGCUAAUCGGUUUUGAUGAUGAUAAUGAUGAUGAAAAUAUCUGUGAUGAUAGUUUCAGCAUUGAGGAUAAUAUCUCCCAUGAUCAUUGUGGCGAUUUCAGGGUGUUCCCUGCAACUGUAGACUGUGAAACUUUUGAGCCACACACUCCUCCUCCUUCUGGGCCUUAUAAGAGAAGGAAAGUAACUAAGGCUAUUAGUACUGGAGUUGAAGUUGAUGUCUAUUGUGAGGAAACCCAAAGGCAAGCUGAAAACUCAUUAGACAACUCUAAUGAAAAUGCAGUUGAAGCUACAGAGUACAGGGAUGUUCUUAUUUUGUUUAGAUUUGAUGAUAGAGAUCUCCCAUUUAAAUUACAGCAAAUAAUAACACCUGAUCUGAGGUUACUUCGUUUACUAGAGGCUGGUCUUCCAUCUUGGGUCAUCUUCCUUCAAUCAUAUCCUGGCUUUUGCCAUAUCUAUCGCCCAUGGAUGUGCCCUCUGGCCAGAGCUCUAUAUGUUUUGAUUUCAAUCAUUACCGUUCUAAUAGGAUUUUAUGAUUUGUACAAAAAUGUUCCUGUUCUUAAGGCAACCGCUUCACGUUUAUGUGGGCCACUUUUUGAUUGGAUAGAAACCUGGGAUAUGGCAUCGAGGAUCAAGUACUUGGGAACUAUGCUAUUUCUACAUAACUUUCAGAAGGCUGUGAAGUGGUUUUUGACGUUUACUCGUGCUGUUCGGUCAUUUUUCUCUUUUCUUCAUGUACCACUGGCAGAACCAUUUAUGGAAAUUUUGGGCUUCCUGUUACCAAUUUGGAAUACGUUCAGUGAAGUAUUAGAAAGCUUCUUUUCAGUCAUAUGGAUUGUGAUCAGUUCUUUCUACAAUCUAGUGGAGGAUCUCAUAGAGGUUGUACUGAUGCCUAUAUGGUUUAUUCGUUUAGUUCUAUGGAAUAUCGCAAUUUUCGUCCUGUAUCCUAUAUUUUGGAUUCUUUGGGAAAUGCUAUAUGCCCCAAUACGCCUGGUCCUUGCAUUAGCCAGUUUUGUGGCUUUUGUGUGUGGCUUCAUUUCUAAUUUGGUUGGGGAUAUAUGGCAGACUUUAAGUAGCAUAAUUCGGCUCGCUUCGGCUUCUGAAGCAACAGUGAGCACUUACGAAGUUUCCAUAUGGCGUUCACUUUGGAAUGACCUUUUUUCCCAGGUUUUUCGUGCUGUCAGAAGUAUAUUAAAUGGUUUUGUUGCCUUCUUCACAGCCUGCAACAGACAUCGCCUAAGCAUUUAUAAUCAUGUACAGGAUUUUAUUCAAAGACCAUUUGGUGGAGUCCCAAGAUCACAAACCUCAGAUCCUAGACCUAGUAAAUCAGCGCGUGGAAAUCGAUAUACUUCGGAAGUAAGGAGGAGAGUCCACGAUAAAUCGAGCCCUUCCACAUUGUCAUUUUGAGUUUAAAAAAUGCAAGAAGGUAUCAUUGAUCUGGAGAGAGGUAAUAUUCCGAUGCAAAAAUCUUUUUAACUAGCAUAAUCGAAAGCUAACUGUAAAGGAAAGGGAAAGAAUGCGCAGUUGGAUACUGAAUUACUAUUUAUAGGAUCCAAGUGAAAACAUGAAAAGAAAAAUACCACGUGUAAAGGUUAGAGAUAAAUUCAUUCUUUUAUUCCCUCGUGUCUGGGAAGCUGCCUAUUCUCUCUCUAUGCUUAAUAACUUUAGCUUCUUUUUCUUUUUUGCUCUGUUCUCCAUUGCAUCUGUAUCUAAAGAGUCAGCUUCUGGUGUGUAAAUAUUAUGUACAGUUUAUUUGUAUAUUUAUCCAAAUAAAAAUUGUUGGAAAGUUUUGAAUUUAAACGUAUUUUGAGUGUUGAUAAAUGUUCCUUUUUUGUAGAUUCAAUGAUUUUGUUCUUGCUAUUUGUUGAAGUCUUCAGUAAUGUUUCAUUUCUUCAGCUAUAUUUUAGGUUUUGUGGCUGCUGCCCCGUUACAUGCUAUCAUGAGGGGAUGCAAUUUAUCUAAUGAUUUUAGAGGCGUUUGGUUCGCAAAUUUUUAAAUUAAAAAAAAAAAGAUUUUGGAAAAGGGUAAUAUUAAGAUGGAAAAAGUGACAUUGUUAACUU